AUGGCGAUCAGUGGUGAGACCAUCGAGAAGAUCUCGGCACUGAUGGCACAGAUGUGUUGUCCUCUUUGUGGCAAAAAUGAUCAAAAGAUCUCGUCGUUGACGGCUUGCGGACACUAUCUGUGCUCGAAGUGUGUCCUCAAACACGUCUUGGAGACCGGGAACAAGUGUCCCAAAUGUUAUGCCAUUAACUACACCAAUGACUGCAAAGACGAUCUUUAUAUGAAUUCUGUGCUCAAAGUCGGUCUCAGAAUGAGUCGACUUUUGGAUCAAAGACAAUCGAAAGAGUCGGUCAAACAAGUGGUGACCAAACCUCGUGAGGAACCACCGAAAGCACACUCCAGUGGUUAUCGAAAGGAUCUGAUUAUUGAGAGGUUUGUUGUGAUUGUC